AUGAGCAGUCGUCCACCAAGUCCCCAGCCUGGCACGUCAGGGUACCCCCUGGAGGUGAUAGUGAAUGAAGAAAGCCCAGGACCAUCAGCCCGCUGGGUAGAUCCCAGGCCCCUGCCUGAGUCCUCGGGCCUGAAGAGGAAGAGGGAGUGGUCGGAGUCUCUCCAGGAGGAGACGGAGGAGGAGACAGCCGCCAAGGCUGAGGACAGCUGGGUGGUGGAGUGGCUGUGUGGACUCAGGAUGAAGCUGAAGAAACAGCGGGUGUCCACAGUGCUGCCUGAACACCACGAGGUCUUCAACACACUGCUCGAGGAUCCUGUCGUUAAAAGAUUCCUGGCCUGGGACCGAGAUCUGUUGGUAUCUGACAAGUAUCUGCUGUCCAUGGUCAUAGCUUAUUUCAGCCGGGCUGGCCUCUUCUCCUGGCAGUACCGGAGGAUUCAUUUCUUCAUCGCUCUGUGA